AACUUUUACAAAACACAACUGUAUUAACCAAAAAAAAGAAAAGAGAGAAAAAAACAUUUGGCAUUGAAAACUUGGACAAGUUCCCUUUGUUGUUGGUCUGGCUUUUCUUCCUCUUGUGGAUGAGGCCGCCACCACCAUCACCACCACCGUUUUACUCUUCCAAUAAAGAAUAGAAACCCCAUUGAAGAGAAGAGCAUGUCUCUCUCCCUUCUUCCCAUUUCACCUUCUUCUUUUCAUUCCCUUACACUUUCCACCACCAACACCCUUCUUCCCUCUUCCUCUUCUUCUUCUUAUUCUUUCCUCAGCUUUAGCAGACUAAGAAAGCUCUCAUUUUGUCAUAGCUUCACUCCUAAACAAGAUGGAGUUUCCCAUUUUGAUGAUGAUGAUGAAGAAGAAGAAGAAGUAUUAGUAGCUUUGAAACAAGAAGAAGCUAAUGUGUUGGAAUUGACAGAUGGGUCUUCUUCCUCUCUCUUACCUGACAAAUGGGAUGUUUUGGGUCUUGGCCAAGCCAUGGUGGAUUUUUCUGGGAUGGUGGAUGAUGAGUUUUUGGAGAAGUUGGGACUGGAAAAGGGGAUAAGGAAGGUUGUGAAUCAUGAAGAGAGAGGAAGAGUUUUGAGGGCAAUGGAUGGUUGUAGCUACAAGGCUGCAGCUGGUGGCUCACUUUCCAACACUUUGGUUGCCUUGGCAAGGCUUGGUAAUAACAAGCCCAUUGGGGGUCCUCCUCCUCCUCCUCCUCCUCUCAAUGUUGCCUUGGUUGGAAGUGUUGGUAGUGAUCCUUUGGGUAGCUUCUACAGGGCGAAAUUGCGUCGAGCAAAUGUCAACUUUCUUUCCGAACCAAUCAAGGAUGGUACGACUGGGACGGUGAUAGUUCUCACAACUCCAGAUGCCCAACGAACUAUGUUAUCGUAUCAGGGUACAUCUUCGACCAUUAACUUUGAUCCGUGCCUAGCUAAGAUAAUUUCGAAUACAAAGAUACUUGUCGUUGAAGGAUACCUAUUCGAGCUUCCUGACACAAUUAAAACAAUAAAGAAAGCAUGCGAGCAAGCAUGCCGGAGUGGUUCCCUUGUUGCCAUCACAGCAUCGGAUGUUUCUUGCAUUGAGAGACACUACGAUGAAUUCUGGGAAAUCGUUGGCAACUACGCAGACAUCAUAUUUGCAAACAACGAUGAAGCUAAAGCAUUAUGUGAUUUUUCAUCAGAAGAAAGUCCAGUUUCAGCUGCAAGAUAUCUAAGCCAUUUUGUACCUCUAGUCUCAGUAACCGAUGGACCAAGAGGAUCCUACAUCGGUGUGAAAGGAGAAGCUGUAUAUAUCCCCCCUUCUCCAUGCGUACCGGUGGACACUUGUGGUGCAGGCGAUGCAUACGCCUCUGGCAUUUUGUACGGUCUAUUACGAGGGAUGUCUGACUUGAAAAGAAUGGGCGGUCUAGCUGCUCGAAUAGCUGCCACUGUCGUUGGACAACAAGGUACUCGUCUUAGAGUUCAAGAUGCAGUAAAGUUAGCCGAGUGUUUUGCAUUCCAUCUCGACAAUUCAAGUUCAAAUUCCACUGGUAAUAUUCAGUCAGAUUUCGGGUCAGAUCAUAUAUCAAGCUGCUAGUGAGGUAUCAUAUUUACAAGUUGAUUUUCUUUCCAUGUGUUCAUAUCAUUUCUACAUUGUAAAUUGAAUCAUUUCAUUAUUCUAAUUGCCAAAAGUGAAAAAUGAGAAAGAGAAAAAACAAUGUUUGAAAGGCAUUAAUGGAGUUGGCCUUGGUUAUAGAAUCAUGAUUAAAUAUGUUUAUAUGUAUUAUUACUUUCAUGGCUUUGGAUUAGGAGUGUGACAUUUUUUUACCUCGAUUUAUAAUCUUAUAGGGUUUUGCUCUCUCGAACUAUGAAAAUAAUUAUAAAUUUAUUUCUUCGUUCGCA